AUGGAGGCCAAGGAGGAAUUUGAAGUGGACCAUCUGAUGACACCCACAGGGACCAGUUUCUCUGAGUUACUAUUCGGAGAGGACGAUGAUAAUGAGAAUGCAUUGGGUGUCGGUGUGGACCAGACCUACAACCUUAGCCAUUCCCCUGUUUUCUCCAUUCACAAGACACCCAAAAUGCUUUGCUUUGGUAACUAUCAAAAUGAAUGUGACCUAUUGCUUUCUGAAACCAACGCUACCACUCAGAAAUCUGUCAUCACUUCCAGUGAUUCUUCAUCUGCUUCUUCCUGCAACUACAGCAACACCGGCUUCAAUUCCUUACCUAAGUCUAAUAGUUUGCAGAAAAAGCGAAAUGGAUCGGGACAAGAACCGGUGACGACCAGGGCAGGUUCUGGAGGCCAGAGACCACCUAAGAAGACCAAAGCAGAGAAUCCUAAUUCAACCGGACAUGCAAAGCAGAGGAAGGAGAAGCUUGGGGAACGAAUUGCAGCAUUACAACAGCUUGUUUCACCCUUCGGCAAGACAGAUACAGCUUCAGUGCUUCACGAGGCCAUGGGGUAUAUAAGAUUUCUACAUGACCAAGUUCAGGUCCUGUGCUCCCCUUACCUGCAACAUUUGCCUUCCUCAAACCACCAACUUGAGCAUCAGCAUGGGGACGGAGAUAACAAGGGAGAGGAAGUGAAGAAGGACUUGAAGAGCAUGGGUCUCUGCUUGAUCCCAGUGGGAUGCACCGUACACGUGGCAAGUAGCAAUGGUGCUGAUUUCUGGUCACCUGCUGCAAUAGGGAACAAUGUUUCACCAUCAGCUAAGCAGUAAAACGAAAAUCAAUGACUUGUUUUCAAAAUUUGUAUCUUUUUGGAAAUGGGUUCCUAUAUGUCUGCCCAAAUUGGAGAUAUACUCAAUAUGACAGCUUAUUUGGAGAUAGAAGGAUGACAAGGUAAACUGCAAGAAAAGGCAAAGAGGGAUAACAAUUAACAAGAGUAGUUCAAAGUUCACACAUGGAGUACAAAUGAAAGGUCAUGAUUUUAACCUUAUGUAACAUCUGUUUUGUGGGGGGUCAUUUUCUGAGGACAUCUAUAUUCUAUAGAAGGAAUGAAAUAUUUUAUGUAGGA